AUGGAUGAUUCCGCAACAUUACGCACGAAGGCAUUUAAUCGACAAUGCGAUCGUAUAUUUCCCCAUGUAUGCAUUGGAGAGAUGAUUGAAUUGUCAAAGUUCUACGUAGUUGUUGCAAACAAAAAGUACAACCAGCUCAAAAGUGAUUAUGAAAUAGUGGUUCAGGAACAUACCGAAUUUAAUGUUAUGCGUGAUAUUGAACCAAUACCGAUUCAACCUACUUUUCAACUGCAUUCAUUAGGCGACAUGGAAUCGCUAAAAGUCGGUGAUGUUUAUGAUGUAAUUGGUAUAAUUAAAAGUGUUAGUCCUUCAACAAUAGUGUACGAGAGAGUUACUCAUAGACCAUUGUCGAUCGUUCGAUUACUUUUGUUCGAUUCGACAGGAAACAUUGAAGUCAAUUUAUGGAAUGAAAUGAUUCUCAUAUGUAAUGCUUUUCAUAAAAUGGGACAAAAGAUGUCUUUUAAUGGAGAUCUAAUACAUUCUAUGAAAAGAAUGCGUUUAACAAAUUCAAGUGCCGUGUGUACUAAUCAUGACGAUCCUCUUAUAUUUAGAAUUUUGGAUAUUACAACUCCAACAUCACCCACUCGAAAACAUUAUGCUGAUGAGUAUAAUGUUUUCAGAAAUGCUUUGAAUGCUCCACUAGAAGAAGAAUUUAUAACAGACAAUAUUGAUGAAAAUGUCAUUGAAGAGAGAAUGGAUUAUAUUCAACCACUUCAUAGUGCAUUGGCACACAUAUCGGAUGCGUUCAAUGAAAAACCUACCGCUUUUGACGACAGUUAUUCAAAUGAAGAACUAAUAUCAUUCAUGCUAAAACAGGAAGAAAAAGCUCAAUCGUUGGAUGUUAUAAACUUUGGUUUAAGAAAUGAUAUUCGUGAGGAAAAUGUUUUUGAGCUGGAUGCAAAACUGUCAAUGUUUGAUGUGAAUCGGAUUAAAAAAAUAACCGAUGGUAUCAAAUACCGAUAUGCCGGUGAUCACACUUACGAACAAAUCAUUACUGUUAUUAAACUAUUGAGUGUACCUUUUUCGCAAAGCUUGGUUAUGCAGAAUGAAAUGUCAUUGCCAUUUAUUGCAUAUCGUCAAUCACUCAAUCCUGUUAUUUUACCUUUUUCAUGUGUAUGUUAUGUUUUUCAAAGAUCUAUGGGCAAAUCUGAUGCAAAACAAAGGUCAAUCAAGGUGCAUUGUAUAAAUGGGUCAACUGUUUGGGGAACGAUCAUAGCCUUUAGAUGCAACCAUUUAAGUAGCAAUACACAUCGUGGAGUACCGUUAGUUGUUAUGUACUCGAACUUUGUUCUUCAUGAAGAUAGGCACAUGUAUUCUCAUGAAAGUCUUCAUUGUGGACCGUAUGUUUAUAUCGGUGGGGAUGUAGCUAUUGAACGAGCUAUAAUUAAUAAAUUUACUGCUGAAUUUAUCCAUUUGACAUCAUCUAUUCAUGGUUUAGUUAACAGCUUAAAUCAGGAAGCUUUUAAUAAUGCUCAGUCACAGUUAGGCAACGUAGACCCACAUACAUUAAGUAGUAUCUUUUAUCGUUACUUGUAUAUUCAAACUUACAUUAGUAUGGGAAUUAAGUCUGUUUGUGCACCUGCCAAUAUGGGUGAUUAUGAUUUAUGGGCAUGGAAAGAGUUUCCUCGACUUCUAUCUUGUUUUACAUAUUUAUGGAUGAAUCAUGACCAAAUUGUAGGACCAUGUAAUGAUCAAUGUUCUAAAUGUAUCGUUGUUGAUGGACAUAAAAAAUGUCGUAGACGUAUUUGUGGUUUCAAAGAUGUCCGAAUAGAUACUGAAGAAAUAAAGCAAAUAGUCAUCGGAUGUUGUCGAACACCUGGUUCUAACAGCAGAUACUGUGAUGCACAUAUCGAUGUAGUUUGUGAAAAUAAUAUGGUUGAAGAGAAAAACGUCAUAGCACCUAAACGAUCAUUAAGGGUAAAACAGCAAGCAGUAAAAGGAAGAAAAAAAGGAAGAAAAAAAAAGGAAAUAGAUAAAUUAAAUGCUAUUGGAUGUGGAACUACGAAACAACGGUCGGACAAUUACGUUACGAAAUGCAACAGAUCAUUUGGAUUGAUCGCGCUAGUAUAUAACUGUAAAAUUAUAACAUGUUUCAGUGAACUAUACCGCUCAGAAACUUUAAAAGAAAUAAUCAAUUUAUUUUGUGGUUGUAUUAAAGGCAAGUUGAGUUAUAACAAACAGCAAAUUAUAGUAGUGUUCUCAUUUUAUGUUCUAGUAUCGGGACGCCUUUCACCAACUGUGGUUUAUGAUGAUGGAUGCCACUUAGUGGCAUAUGUACGUAAUCAUAUUGGGCGUGAUUUAACUCGAACAAGUGCUUUAGAAUUAUUGGCGUCUACGCCUAUUAGUGUGGAUCGAUUACAUUUUAAGAAUCACGUCGGUAUAUAUUGCCGUUUAGAAAUGGAUCCUAAUAAAAAUAGAUAUAAUAUAAAUACAGAAGCGGCUGAGCAGUGCUUUGCAUGGUUGCGUAAUUAUGGAUCUAUUAUUUCAAGUAUGAAUUGGCUUCGUGCUCCAGUGUUUAUGCUUAUUUUAUUUCACCUCAAAAACUUAUCCUAUGUACAACGGAAACCAUCUGAUAUUUUCCCUGUGUAUGAUAUUGUUCAAGACGUUUCAAACAUUUCCCUCUGUCACUGUGCUCAUGCUAUUAUUGAAGAGAAUAAUAUAAACCAUGAAAAGAAUUCUAAUAUUGAUUCCAAUGUUGAUCGAAUGUUUAAGCCACUUGAUCUUCCUGCUUCGAAAACAGACUGGGAGAACAUAGUUCGUCAAUUGAAAGACAGCUUGCCAAAAAAAUGUGAAAUUGCUCGAACACAAACAGAUUAUCUUGGACGUCAAAUUAGUAAUGGCGAAAUUCGUCCAAGUUCGUACAAUAUUAGUGGUCUAUUAAAUACAAAAGUACCACAAACUCCAGACGAAGCAUGCAAAUUCGUGAAAGCAGCUGAAUAUUAUAGGAAAUUUAUGCCGAAUUUCUCUCAAAUCGCCGAGCCACUUCGAAAAUUCGUCACAACUACAAGAACUCAACAAAAGAAAGGACAAAAACAAUGA